AUGUUUUGUCGAUGAGAUGGCCUGUGAUAGUACGAGAGCAGACUAAAAAGAGUAAACUAUAUCGUUAAGUUAUUCCGUUUUUAAACCGUGAUUGGGAUAUUUAGGACAUUGACUCCGUUUUGGAAUUUACAUUACAGGAGAGAAUAUUUCUUUGACGACUGAAUCACUUUCUGAAGAGUCCUCCAGAGCUCCUAACUUUCCAGUUGACUCGGAUCAUUGGGCUGCAGUCGAGCAGCAGCUGCUAGGGAAAGUACGGUAGCUAGCGGCGCUGCCAUACGUGACGGACCGUGUCUAGAGCCGGGCCGAAGCCCAUGCACCUUCGUUGAGGGAUUCGAUUCCGGGCUUCAUGAAGGUUGAUCUGCAUCAUCAGCAGGAUGUCCUCUGGAAACGUCUCUACCCCUGGAUCGCCUCCAACCAUUGUAGGAACAACAACCCCUGUGGCUAAAGUUGUGUCGACCCUUGCCCACAAUCUGUCUUCAGCAUUCCAAAAUGUUUCAAGCACUCCAGAAAUAACGACAGAAUCGCCACUGUCCGUUCACGCAAUUUUCUUGCAGACGAAAGCAGCGAAGGCAGUGGCAGGCAUCUUUGCAUGGGCAGCAUUCCUUAUUACAUGCUACCAGAUUUACAUGCACUUGAGGCAUUACACCUGUCCCGGUGAACAGCGAUGGAUAGUACGGAUCCUCUUCAUAAUUCCUAUCUACUCCUUUGACUCCUGGCUCUCCCUACUAUUCUUCAGUCAAGACCAUUAUUAUGUCUACUUUGACAGUAUCAGGGAUUGCUAUGAAGGUAAGCCAUUUUUCUCAUCAAUUUACUUCUACACCAUUCUCAUUUUAUACUUUCUAAAACUAGUUUACUGGAAACCAGUUUGGAAGAUCGCUUUGCUAGCAUUCCCAUUUGAUCACCCGAAAGUGGUUUUCAAAACCACUCUACGGCCGCUUCACUGAAAGCGAUCUCGACUUGCUGUGGAUACGCUCUUUCGCGCAAAAUUUGAAAUCGCGGCAUAGGCAUUCUGCACACAACUUGUGCGAAGAUCGCUUCCCAAAGAACGGCUGUGUCCCCACUUAUGCUACAACCAGUUUAACGAGGCAAAGCGAUCUUGAAAACUACAUCGCGAGGUGGUUUUCCGAACCGGUUUGGAAGAUCGCUUCCUAGACCACUUCGACCGUUCUCAUUACACAUUAAAGUAGUUUCCAGUUAAUAACUAGUUUUAGGACGGUAGGCCUAAUGAGAACUGGGUCUUAUAAU